AUGGCCGUGCUGCGGGCAGUGCGGCCACUGCGCGUGCUGGCACGCAGCCAGCAGAUGCUGAUGGUGUCUCGCACUCUUUUGCGUUCGCUGGCCUCCAUGGGCCACGUCACAGUCCUGGUAGGAAUGGUGCUCCUCAUCUUCUCAAUCAUCUCCGUCCAGCUGUUUGCCGGGUUGCUUUGGAGCUGCAACGACGAGAGUGUGGCUGGCAAGGAGGAGUGUGUGGGGGUGUAUGUCGCCACCGAGACGGGCACCCUGGAACAGCGCGUGUGGAGCAACUUGUGGCUCAACUUUGACAAUGUUGGCAACGCAUUCAUCACCCUGUUCAUCACUGCAACUUUCGACGGCUGGACCGAAACUUUCUAUCUCACCCUGGCCACAAAGGUCACAUGGAGAUUUUGCAGGCAGUUUUUCGACUUAAACCGAUUGAUCGGGCUCCAGAGCCACGCAACCAACUGCGGCGCUGGUGCUACCGCCUUGCCUACAGCCGCUGGUUUGAUCGCUUCAUGCUGCUCACGGUCGACUUGAAUAUCGUUCUGACCGCCACCACAGUGAAUGGAGCUCCUGCCCGGUUGACCAAAGUGCAAGAUGCCGCCAACACGGUCUUCUCGGCUGUGGUGAUCUUGGAGCUGUUGUUUAAAGUGAUGGCAAUGGGAUUGCAAAUAGGGAGGAGCAACUGGCACAAGCUGGAUGUAUUAUUGUCGAUGGCAGCUUUGGCAGAUAUCGCAACCCAAAUUGUCAAUGCCGCAUCGCACACCACCACCGUGAAGCUCGGGGCGUUCAAAAAAGUGCUGAUGCUAGCACGUGUGGCGCGCAUGUUCCGGCUUUUGCGGCACGUCAAGGGCAUCCAAAUGUUGCUCAGCACGCUGGUCAUCUCUCUCCCAGCAAUCGUCAAUGUUGGCGCGCUGCUGUUGCUCCUCUUCUUCAUCUGU